CCUAACUCGGUUUAGGCCUCGAACAAACCGAGCGUCCAAACACAGCUGGAGUAGGGUUUAACGCUUCCUUCUCAACUCCCCGGAGCUGCCACCGAAGUACAAGGUAAAGCCCUCCGCCGGCCUCCUCUCCGCCGACGCGAAGCUCACUGCCGUAGCUAAGAGCUGACAAAUGGCCUCAUUCGCCGCUGCCAGAUCGGUUCUCCGGUCGAGCUCCGCAUUUAACUUCGCCGCUCGGCUCGCCUCCGAAGCUCAGGCCGCCCGCUCUCCCAUCCGGGCCGCGUCCAGGAGACGCCCCUCCCUGUCCACCUUCAGGAGUCCCGUCGAGAUGAGCUUCUGCGCAGAGUCGAUGAUGCCGUACCACACCGUGACCGCUUCGGCAUUGAUGACCUCAAUGCUCGCCAUUUCUCAGCGGAGCUAUGGCUGGCUUCCCGAAGCUUGCAACAAUGAUUUGUGAGGGAAAAAUCAAAGAACUUUGCGUAGGAAGUAUGGGACUUUAGAGUGACCCAGUAUUAGAGGUUCCGAUGAGCUGCUGAAGGAACGACUUGGACACUGGACAUAUGUGGCUAGAUGAUCUAGCUGUUACCAUUGAAUGCUUUCUAGGACUAGAGGCUACAGCUACUCGUGCUGUUUGAGACAUGCCAUCAUGCUUUGGCAAAUUUAUCAGGAUGUUUUGUAUUUGAUUUUCAUUGAAUUUUUGGCAGCCAAAUAGAUCUCUAUGCUUAAUCUGGUUGAAAGUCUCUGUACAUUCACUGUCCGGCAAACUCCAAAGUUGUGAUGAACCAAUUUACUCGAUUUGAAAACAUAUCAAAAAGAUCCACUACAACUAUGUGCUUACCGUUUGAUGAAUCUCAAAUGGCAAUGAAAAAUUAAGUUCUUGGGU